UUUGGUGAAUUCGCUGACGGCCGCCGUGAGGAUUUAGGCUGCCCGUCAGCUCGCGUCAGCGGGUGCCUUUUAAGACGGGCGCUUGUGCGUUUGCUCGAGAUGCGUAUUUUGCAAGUGACCGUGCUACCGGUUACGUUUGCUUUGCGAAGCGACCACCCGCUGACUUCCGCGAGGCGUCCGUGUUGUUGCCAAAACGUGAUUGGCGAUUCGUCGAUCUCGCGCUCACCCGCCGUUGCCGAGCCCGCGUCGACUUGUCGGCUAGUCGGUUCGAGCCCGAAUCAUUCAUUGAAUAAUCAGUGUCUCUCGUGAGUAGGAUGUGUAUUUCGCUGAAAUGUUUGAUAUUCUUGAACAUAAACAUCUCAUGUCCUGUUUGAUUUGUUGGAUUCAUACCAUGACGGCACAUUUUAAUCAUAAAAAGACCGUUAACUACGCAAGCUCCAACAAUGGCGCUUUCAUUGCAGCAAUUAUCCCCACGCAAGACAGCAAAAAGACCAUCACAAGUCAUUCGAAUGACAUCCAAGGUUUGUUUUUUUGCUUUUUAACUCCUCGGAUGGAAAGUUCCAAGAGUUCGUGAGGCUCCAUCUUGCCAUCACUCCAAAAAUACAACUGAGAAUGGUUGCUUCCGCCGUCAGAUUCUUCAGUUUCGUCUUUGAAAAAUAUUUCGAUUCAUAAAACGUGAAUACUAUUUUGUUAGUGUAUCGCAAAACAAAAGAUGCAUCGUGUGAACUAAUUUCAUAAUGGGACGGCUGGGAGAACUCCUCCCUCUUUUCCAUUUUUUGAGAACACCUCCCUCUUUACAUUUUGUCUUUUGUUUUGAAUUGAUCUCAAUUUAUUUUUGAGAGCCCCUCCGUCUCUGUAUUUGUCUAUUCUCGGAGAACUCCCUCUUUUGUUUUUCUUCGAGUGGAUGUAUUUUUAUUUUUAAGAACUCCUCCCUCGUCCCCUCCGAGAUGCAGCUCAAUGACGUCAAAUCCGGUACUGGCUCCGAUGCGUUUCAUAAUAAAUGUCACGCUUUCGUACGGCAGUUAAAUGACUGGGGGGAAAUGGGAAACGUGAGUGCCUCAACAGAUAUCUGUCAAAGGAGUCUUAAGAUUACAAUGACACGAAAAAUUGCAGGACUGGAUGUCACAAUCGCGGGGUUGAACAAGACGCAGGUGUUAUGACCGAACAAUGAUGCAAACGAACGGGGUCUUCUUCAUCUUCUCUCCAUGACGACAUCAGGAGACGACGUAAAACUCUGAUUUUCCAUUUCUCCUUUGUGAACUUGAACGUGUCAAAGAGCCGCGGCAACAGCGAUGUGGCUUUAAUUGUGAAGCACCGCCAUCCCCCUCCGCCGGAAGUCGCCUUGUUGUUCGUCGCUGGGAGAGCCAUACAGGCGAAUGAGAAAAUCAAUUAAGUUAUGAAAAAUAGCAUUAAUUGCCUUUCUUUGUCGCCGCGGCUCGCGAGGAAAUGGCGGACGUGCGAACGUGGCUCGCUCGCGGAGCCACACGUCUCCUGUAACGGGGUGCGCUGCGGCGGCUGCGAGGAGGAGGGCUACUUUCUCCGGUUAGAAUUCUUGGGAAAUCACUGGCAGAUGUCCAAUGAGCCGAUGGUUGUGGAAGUCUGCGGGGAGACGUUGCCAACGAAGGAGAGGCUGACUGGAAGAUGCCAAGGAAAAAACAGCAGCAUCCACAGCCAGUCAAGUUGAAUUCAAAAGCUGUCGUAGCCGCUGAAAGUGCAGGAAACUUCGCCUUCCGCACGGACUUCCUUUUGGAACACGACCUUCAAUUUGGUGAUCCUCGUCGCGACGGCAAGAUUCUUGGCCUGGAAAAAAAGUUCUCAGAGGUAGCUGCUGAGAUCGGUUUCUCUGUGUACCCUCUGUGUGAUGAGGACAGCUCCGACUCCUGCGGCAGCGGCGGCAUGGAUAGCGAGACGGAAACCUCCCACGGCAGCACCCCCGACCGCGGCCGGGAAGACGAGGGCGGGGCGGGCCGCUCCGAGCCCCCCUUCCCGCCCUACCUGUCGUGCCGGGGCUGCGGCCAGCUCCGCGACGACCACCUGGGCGCGUCGCUAGACCUGCUGGCCCCUUACUGCCUGCGCUGCUGCAAGGCGUCGCGGGACGCCAAGGGCGGCGGCGGCGGCGGCGGCGACUUCGCCUUCGGCAGCCUGGCCGGGCUCCACGAGCACUCGCCGCCGGACGGGACGGCGGACGGCACGGGCGACGACGACGACGACAAGAACAAGCUGCACUCGUGCCACCUGUGCGGCUUCUCCUCUCGCUACGCCAACCACGUCAAGCGGCACAUGAAGACGCACAACGGCGAGAAGCCCUUCAAUUGCCCCGUGUGCGCCUACGCCUCGGCGCAGCUGGUCAACUUGCAGCGGCACCUGCGCAUCCACACGGGCGAGAAGCCCUACAAGUGCGAGAGCUGCGCCUUCGCCUGCAGCUCCCUGGGCAACCUCAAAAGGCACCAGCGCAUGCACACGCCCGCCGGCGCCGGGCCCGAGACGCACGGCGGGCCGCCGCCGCUGCCGCACGCCGCGCUGCGACCCGCCGGCCUCAAGAGAAACAACGUGGGCGGCCACAGAGCCGGCCAAGACGACGACGAAGCGGCCAAGGAGGUGGCGGCGGCCUCGGCCCACCUGACCCUGGCGGCUCAGAACGCCGACUACCUCUCGGCCUUUGAGAGCCUCAAAGGGGCGUCGCCGCAGCCCGCGCCGGCCCCCGGCGACGGCGCGGGCCCUAGAGCGAGCAGGCCGCCGCUGUUCCCGUUCACGUGCCGCCUGUGCGGCGUGGUGCUGGAGGAUGAAGACGGCUCGUCGGCGCAGAUCUGCGCCAAGUGCACGCUGGAGAUGCUCACCAAGGACUCGUCGUCGUCGCCCGGCAGCCCCGGCGAGCGCGGCGACAAAGUGUACACGUGUGCCGCCUGCCCCUUCCUCACGCAUUACCCCAACCACCUGGCGCGCCACAUGAAGACGCACAGCGGCGAGAAGCCGUACAAGUGCCCGCAGUGCGACUACGCCUCGGCGCACUUCGACAACCUCAAGCGGCACCACCGCGUGCACACGGGCGAGAAGCCCUACAAGUGCCACCUGUGCGACUACGCCUGCGGCAACCUGGCCAACCUCAAGCGGCACCAGCGUGUGCACUCGGGCGCCAAGCCCUUCGUGUGCGCCGUCUGCAACUACAGCUGCAACCAGAGCAUGAACCUCAAGCGCCACAUGCUGCGGCACACGGGCGAGAAGCCCUACAAGUGCCAGGAGUGCGGCUACACCACGGGCCACUGGGACAACUACAAGAGGCACCAGAAGAAGCACGGGCACGCCACCGACGGCUGGGUCAAGAUGCCCCCCGCCGGCCCCGGGAGGGACCGGGACGAAAAAAGCGGGCCCCGGGGCGGCCACAGAAAAGAAGCGGCCGGCGGCGCCGCGCCGGCGGCGGACAUGACUUACGUGGCCAGGGAGGGCGCUCAGACUUUACAGCACCCCAACUGGAAGCUGGAAAUGGUCUAAAGAUGCCUAUGUCUUCAACAUUUUGAUGCCUUGUCUUCCGUUUUUGGGCUUCUGUGUGCCACCCUUACCCCGGUCCAAGUAGGAAGUCCUAAUGACGCCCGGAUCCUGAGAGGCCGUUGAAAAGCGACGCAAUGCGGCGUGAACGGCACACCGGUUCUGGUACGCGUCAUCGCUAGCUGUGAGAGGGCGGUAUCAGAGCCGCGACAGAGUACGGUUCACUUCAGUCCACUGUAUUGUCCCAAAGGAACGCCUGACCACGAGGCGCUCUAAAAUGGCCAUGCCCCAAAGUCACAGUCAGUACGCUAUCAGGUCUGAUUUAAAAUAAAAAAAAUGUAUUAAAAUUCCCCCUUCGCCACGCCAGCAGACCAUUUUCGGUGCGUCGCCAUAGCGAGCUAGCGAACUGCACGUCCGAACUGCGCCGGCUAACGGCUGAUGUGAACAAAAGCGGUCAAGUUCAUACGUAGCAGGGGAGGAGUGACUCGUUCGUGCAAAGUGCGUCCCGGGGUCCGUUUGAGCUAUGCUAGAAAAUCUGGAAACAACGCUUCAUCUCCACAAUCCAUACUGCAUAUUUUUCAGCAAUUACCUUCAAUCAUGCAGAAAAUAUCAAACGCAUCUGAAUUAUUUUCAGGGUUUUUAAGGUCCAUGUUCUAGCAGACCAUUUGUCCUCACCAGUAACAACUGGUUAUCAAAAGAUUUGGAAUUACUGCUCAAACAGCUUUCUAUAGAACAAUGAGGGGGAACAAGGCAGGGAAAUUUGUUAGUUUUUUUUCCCCGCGGUCAUGACCUGGCAUCUCCUGACUCUCAGGUACCCCCCCCCCCCCCCCCCCCCCAAACACAAACUGUCACGGCUCUGAUACUACCCCCAAAAGCUGGAUAAUUGAGGAUGCUUGCCCCUCAUUUUCCACGUCAAUGCCAAAAAGGCAGAAAAAUGUCAUCUUAUUUGCCCCCCGAUCUGGCACGAGACAGUGCCCCAAAUCUGCUGUGACUCUAAUGCUACCCCUGAAGCGGAAAAUGGAGCCUGCUUCAUACCCCCCAUUCUGCAUUCUAACCCUAACCCUGCAUUAAAAAGGUGAAAAGAUGCCAGAUUUCUGAAAAAAGAAAACCAUUUCCCCACCGAGGUGGGUCACGGCUCUCGUGCUACCUCCCAAAGCCGUCAAAUGGAGUCUGUUCCAUACCUCCCAUUUUGCAUCUGCGCAGCGGGGAAACAAAGUGGACGAAUGCCUUUUUGGGGGGGGACUUGCGUGGAAUCCCCUCGCGCGCAGACAGUGGCCCAAUUGCGACGGCUCGGACGCCUCCCCCAAAAGCCGGAAAAGUGACUGAGGCAAUAUGCGAGGGCGGCAUGUGCCUUGAAAGUGAGGAACUCCAAGCAAGUGCUUCUUACCCGGACCGCAGUUAUCGAUUGCUCCGAAAUGGACGAGUCACGUUCUUUAAUGGGACCGAGAGCAGCAGCGCUCAUCUUUAAAUGCGUUUUGUCAUCAGUGUGUAGACCUUAUCGUGUAUUUUGUGUGUGUGUGUUCUGUUUUUCUCACUGUGAAAUUAGCCUGUGGUUUACUUGAAAACAAAAAGAUGGCAUUAUUAGAACGUUAAGCAUGUGUCAUAAUUUUUAUUUUUCUAAUGCUAUUACUCUACUAGAAUACUACAUACCCUAAUAUAUAUGGUAUAUACAUACAGGAUAGGAAGGUUGUGUGUGCAGUAGGAAGUUGAGGAUGAUGCUUUUGUAUGCAAGGCAAAUGUUCCGGGCGGCCGACUUGUCGCCCGCCUCCCGAAUUGUUGUGAUCUCCUUUUAUGCAGCGUCUGUCUCAUCACAGCCUUAACAAGCAAGACUUUACACACCAGUAAAUAAACACUUGUUAUUUCAUUAAAUAUCUGAUGACUUGUCUCCAUACAAUAAAAAACAUACACUAU